AUGGCACCACUGCAACGGCUGCAGCUGUUGGACCUGCCAUUUGUCAUCCGAGUGCUGCAGCAGCAAAUAGCGGAGCUGCAGCAGCAGCUGCAGCAGCAGCUGCAGCAGCAGCGCGUCUGCAACCCUGCUGCAGCAGACUUUUCCGGUCUCGCAGAAUGCAUUUGCUGCCUCACAAGAAACGCAGCAGCGCAGCAGCUGCUCCGCCAAACAGACACCGGGGGUCCCCGUAGCUCUUCACCUGCGUCUGCUGCUGCUGCUGCUGCUGCUGAAAGGCCACAGCAAAGGGAUGCCGGGGUGGCCCCCCUGGGGGGCCCGCUGGGGGGCCCCCGGGGGGCCCCCCAGGAGGUCCCCCAGGGAGGGCCUGAGGUCCUGGGGCUUCAUUUGCGACGGGCGCUGGAGUGGACAGCCGAGCUGCUUCCGUUGCUGCAGCAGGCCCAGUCCCAGGGUUUGCUGCAGCUUGUGAGCAGCAAGCAGCAGGCGCAGAAGCAGCUGCAGCAGCAGCAGCAGCAGCAGCGGCAGCAGCAAGAGCAGAUUGUGAUGGUUGCUUCGAUUGAGGCUCUUCUGCAACUGCUGCAGGGAAUUGCAGCUCUGCCGUAUCUCCAGCGAGGGGCUGAUGCCAUGCUCGCUGCUUUGCUGCUGCUGCAGCAGCGCGGCAGCAGCAGCCAAAACCAGCAGCAGCAGCAGCAGCAGCAGCAUAGCUUAAUGUGCGACGCACUGCGUGCUGCAGCUGAUGCUCUGACUGCCAAUACAUGGCCCCCUGCUGCUGCAGAUAAGGCGCUGCGCCCAAGUGUCUCGUCCCCUCUGUCGCAUCUUGCUGCUCUUGCUGCUGGAGACAUCACCGACCCAGCAGCAGCUGCUGCUGCAACAGCACGCAGCAGCAGUGCUGCUGGCGCUGUCCUGGGAGAAAUUGCUGCUGCAGGGACCCUCUUGCUGCGGCAGCUAGUGAUGCCGCACUACUUCCAGCUGCAGCAAAGAGAUUUCGUUUCUGUGGCUGCUUGGCACGUGGCUGUGCUGCUGCAGCCAGGAGCAGCAACAGCAGCAGCAGCUGCAGCAGCAGAGCACGUACAGGGGCUGCUGCGGGCCUUGGGAAGCCUCGCAGAGGCCCGUCGGGGCCAAACCCUAGCAAAUGCGGACAAGGCUCAUUUGGCAAUCGUCAUUAGGUGA